AUGAUGCUAAGGCAAACUGCUAGAAAGGCUCUUUUAGGGCUUUCAUCACAACGAAAUUUCUCGCCGGUCUCUUUCGCUUCUCGAUUGUACCAUUCGAAUGUUAUUGACCAUUAUGAGAAUCCUCGAAACGUUGGAUCAUUCGAUAAGAAUGAUUCUAACGUUGGUACCGGACUAGUCGGAGCUCCUUCUUGUGGAGAUGUAAUGAAACUUCAGGUUAAGAUCGAUAGUUCUGGUCAAAUCACUGAUGCUCGGUUCAAAACUUUUGGUUGUGGUUCCGCCAUCGCAGCUUCGUCCCUUGCUUCUGAAUGGGUCAAAGGCAAAUCCAUGGAGGAAGUCCUGACCAUAAAGAACUCGCAAAUCGCGAAGCAUCUAUCGUUGCCUCCAGUGAAGCUACAUUGCAGUAUGCUUGCAGAAGACGCUAUCAGAGCAGCCGUUGAAGACUACAAGAAUAAGCAAGCCGAGGCUAAUGGAGAAACUGUCGAGGCCUGA